AUUUCCAAAACAAACAAGUCUUAUAUCAAGCCGACGACAUCAAUCCGUUAAAAUCCAAAAGCCAGCCCUCCAUCGCGUCUUCCGUUCACAUACGCUAAUUCUCUUCCGCAUCUUUCUUCAAGCCCUCUCCCUUCAACUAUAAAUACGCGAAUCUAUCAGUCUCAAUUCUCCUCUAACAUGGCUCUCCAAAGCUUCUUCUCCUGCUCAAUUAUUUUCAUCUCUUUCUUCUUCUGCAAUGGCGCCCGCACACUCUCUCCCUCGCCGGAAGAAGUUGGAAUCUGCGAGGCUGUGGUGCGUCCCUACGGCUAUAAAUGCCAGGAGUUCGAGGUGACCACUGAGGAUGGCUACAUACUGGGAAUGCAGAGAAUACCAGUGGGGCGCAAUGGAGUUAUGGGAGGAGAUAGGCAGCCCGUGCUUUUGCAACAUGGUGUUCUUACGGAUGGCAUGUCGUGGCUCCUGAACCUUCCGGAGCAAUCUCUGGCCUUCGAUCUAGCCGAUAACGGGUUUGACGUUUGGGUCGGUAACAUGAGAGGCACCCGUUCCAGCCGUCGCCACGUGUCCCUUUCGUCAUCCGACCCGGGAACCCUAAUUGCCUUGGCAUCUUUCUCAGAGGGAAGGCUAGUGGACAAGCUAUCUUCAGCUGCCCUUCUGAGUCCAGUAGCCUACCUCGAUCACAUGAAAACAAAAUUAGGCAUUCUUGCUGCCAAGCUCUUCGUGGGUGAGAUCUUGAGUAAUUUGCUAGGACUGGCAGAAUUCGAUCCCAAAGGGUUGGAAGCAUCCAAGUGCUUGAACAAACUUUGCAGUUAUCCUGGUGUGAACUGCUAUGAUCUCCUCACCGCAUUUACAG